UCUUAUUUUUCGGUUAAAAAUUUUUUAUUUUUGGGUGAAAAUAGCCAACGGCGGGGGCAGCUGAGAUCGGAGGCUCCUAUUUUCCGUUCAAAAGCUUCAACUUCGAGUUCUUCUCUCAGCCUCAGGUAACUUCCACAUCACAAUUUCUUGACUUCUGUUUGGUUAUUGAGAAAAUGUAGGAAAUACAAGAGGAAAUCCAAAUCAUGUUUGAGACUUUCAGCACUCCUGCUAUGUAUGUUGCCAUUCAAGCUGUUCUCUCUCUCUAUGCCAGUGGCCGUACUACUGGUAUUGUUCUGGACUCUGGAGAUGGUGUCAGCCACACUGUCCCCAUUUAUGAGGGCUAUGCCCUUCCACAUGCCAUCCUCCGUCUUGACCUGGCAGUCACCACUACUGCUGAACGUGAAAUUGUGAGGGACAUGAAAGAGAAGCUGGCAUAUAUUGCCCUGGACUAUGAGCAAGAGUUAGAAGCCGCCAAAACCAGCUCUUCCAUUGAGAAGAGCUAUGAGUUGCCUGAUGGCCAGGUCAUCACCAUUGGUUCUGAGCGCUUCCGAUGUCCAGAAGUCCUUUUCCAGCCUUCCUUGAUUGGAAUGGAAGCUGCAGGCAUUCAUGAAACCACCUAUAACUCCAUCAUGAAGUGUGAUGUCGAUAUCAGGAAGGAUUUGUAUGGAAACAUUGUCCUGAGUGGUGGAUCUACCAUGUUCACAGUAAUUGCUGAUAGAAUGAGCAAGGAAAUCAGUGCUUUGGCCCCAAGCAGCAAGAAAAUCAAGGUGGUGGCUUCACCAGAAAGGAAAUACAGUGUCUGGAUUGGAGGCUCUAUCUUAGCAUCCCUGAGCACAUUCCAGCAGAUGUGGAUUGCAAAGGCAGAGUAUGAUGGAUCUGGCCCGUCCACUGUGCAUAGGAAGUGCUUCUGAUUCUUUAAAGGAAAAGGUGUAAAACCAUUAUCCCUUUCAGUUUUGUUAACAGAAACAAAUUUCAGCAUAUGGUUUUUUAAAUCCACCCAUAUAUUUUUUUUCUCUUAGAUGCCCAUAAUUUCAUGUAACAAUGAACUGGAAGAUGAUAA